CUCUGAUGCUGUGUGUGUGUUUUCCGCACAUCGCCUCAUCGAUCCAGCUGCAGCCGGACAUGACGAAUGUGUGUGAGGAACAGGAAGUACAGAUGAUGGGUGUAUCGCAGCCAUGUGUUCAGGCCUUCACACGUAUGAUGAAGGUCUGGAGACAGGGCUGUUCUCCUCAACGUUGGUGCAUGGGCUAUGAAAGGAGGACAGCCUACUUUACAGCCUACAGGCAGGUGUACAGCAUGGAGCUGCAGACCGUUUACAAAUGUUGUCCAGGUUGGACACAGAGAAGAGACGAGAACGGAUGUUUACACAGACUGUGUUCUGCAGAUACCUGCUUUAAUGGAGGCAGGUGUGCACAUGCAGGUGAUCAGGUGUGCGAGUGUCCUGCCGGAUUCCAGGGAAGCCGCUGUCAGUACGAUGUGAACGAGUGUGAAAACUCAAACGGAGGAUGUGAGGGAACAUGCUGCAACACCAUCGGCAGUUUCUAUUGUAAAUGCCCUGAUGGCAGCAAACUCGGACUGGAUGGCAAAACCUGCCAGGAUAUAAACGAGUGUGAGGAAAUGAACGGUGGCUGUCAACAGAACUGUGUCAAUACACUCGGCUCGUACUACUGCGAGUGUGGCGAAGGUUUCCGGAUACACACAGAUGCUCACACAUGCAUAGCUGUGAAAUCUUGUGCGGUAAAGAAUGGAGGUUGUGAGUACAGGUGUGUGGACCUUGGAAAUGAGCAAUACAGGUGUGAAUGUCGUCCGCAGUAUCGGCUCAAGAGUGACGGCAAACACUGCGAGUGUAAAUACACACACACACACACACACACACACACACACACACACACACACACACACACACACACACACACAGAGAGAAGUGCUGAAAAAAUCCUGUACAUAACAUGUAUAUGGACCACUGGCCUAAUGCAUGUGUGUGUGUGCACGCGCAUGUAUGUGUGUGUGUGUGUACACACAGUGAAGGACCCAUGUUUGGAGAGUAAUGGUGGAUGUGCUCAGUUGUGCAGUAAUGAUAAUGGGAUCCCAGAAUGCAGCUGUACACUGGGAUACACUCUCGCUACAGACCGCAAGAGAUGUGACGAUGUGGAUGAGUGUGUGUACGGACGGACUGGAUGCGCUCAUCGCUGUGUGAACACUCCGGGCUCCUUCAGGUGUGUGUGUAACCCUGGAUUUGAGCUUGGUGUGGAUGGAAAGCAAUGCUAUCGUAUUGAGAUGGAGAUAGUGAACGGCUGUGAGAAGGAUAACGGCGGCUGCGCACACCAGUGUGAACACACCAACAUUGGCGCCGUCUGCUCCUGUAACCGCGGCUAUGAGCUUGCUGAUGACCUCAAGAUGUGUAUAGACAUUGAUGAGUGUGAAACUGAAGAGUCAUGCUGUUCCCAUGACUGUAAGAACUCCCCAGGAGGGUACGAGUGUAGCUGCGGGCCUGGAUACACACUCAACUUAGAUGGCUGCUUGUGUAACGAUGUUAACGAGUGUUCACGCGAGACGUCAGGCUGUAAUCACUUCUGCAUCAAUAUGCCAGGAUCCUAUGAGUGUUUCUGCAGGGAGGGCUUCCGGCUGGACCGCAACCAACACACCUGUAUUCCUCUAUAUGAGAGCGAUCUUGAACUUGAAGAAGAGGACGAGUUAGAGGGCGAUGAAGAAGAACUCGAAAUGCUUCGUCUUCCUGACCUGCUGUUCCGUCGACCCCCUCAGCUCCUGCAAUACACUGCCGCACUACACUCACCUUAUCACACCAAACACACACACAUGCCAAAUUCAGGACACACACGCAGCCGAGAGCAAAGAGGAGAACUCACCAUGAUUAGCAAGAUCAUGUGUGUGUCCGGCUCAUUUGGUGAAGACUGCAGUGUGAGUUGUGAGGACUGCACUAACGGUGGGGUGUGUGCAGAGGACAGCGAUGGCUGCGUUUGUCCACCUGGCUGGACCGGCAUCACCUGCAACCAGACGUGUGUGGAGGGGACGUAUGGUGUGGGCUGUAACAGUGUGUGUGCAUGUCAGAACGGUGGACGCUGUGAUCCAGUGAGCGGGAAGUGUCUCUGCCCUCCUGGAGUCCAAGGCCUGCACUGUGAAGAUGGAUGUCCUCAGGGCUUUUUCGGGAAGUUCUGCCGUAGAAGAUGUAACUGCCCCAAUAAUGGACGCUGUCACCGCGUGUAUGGAGGGUGUUUCUGUGCAGCUGGACGAUAUGGAAAAUUUUGCCAUCUGUCGUGUCCUAGGUGGACGUACGGCGGUGGAUGUUCACAUGACUGCGACUGUGUUCAGGAGAAUUCACUCAGAUGUGACGCCCAAAAUGGGAUGUGCACCUGCAAACCUGGAUACCAUGGUGACCGCUGCCAGGCAGCAUGCCCUGUGGGAUCAUAUGGACCAGGGUGUGUGUUGCGCUGUACUUGCCCUUCCAACAGCAGCUGUGAUCCUGUGACAGGAGAAUGCGUGUGUCCUCCAGGAUACACAGGACACGACUGCUCUGCAGUGUGUGCUGCUGGAUUUUGGGGUGCCGCCUGUGCCAAUGUAUGCCAGUGCACUAACAGCACGGUACCAUGUGAGGCCAGCAGUGGGCGCUGCACGUGCAGUCCUGGAUACACGGGCGAGCAGUGUGAACAGCGGUGUCCCGAGGGCCGGUAUGGUCUGCAGUGUGAAGGAGUUUGCGAGUGUGUCAACGGAGUGUGUGAUCAUGUCAGUGGAGCCUGUAAAUGCACACCAGGCUGGAAUGGGACACACUGUGAAAAAGUGUGCGUGCAGGGCCGGUAUGGACCGAACUGUUCCCGUGUGUGUGUGUGUCCUGGAUAUCAGCAGCUCUGUCAUCAUGUCACAGGCAGAUGCACCUGCCCAUCUGGUUACUACGGCAACCACUGUCAACUCAAGUGUCGAGAAGGCACGUACGGUCCUGAGUGCAAAAAGAGAUGCCGGUGUGUUAACAGGGGACGGUGUGACUUCAAGACUGGAACAUGCCUCUGCCCUCCGGGUUAUUUGGGAGCCAGCUGCAGCAUCAGUUGUCCACCAGGGAGCUACGGUAAAGACUGUGCUAAAACAUGUGUGUGUGGUGAAGGAGGACAGUGCCACCCGGUGACUGGGAGGUGUAACUGCACAUCAGGGAGAACAGGUCAUUCCUGCCAAGAAGUGUGUCCUAGGGGGCGCUAUGGAGCUCAGUGUCGUGGUGUGUGUGCGUGUGUGAACGGAGGUGUGUGUGACCCUGUUGACGGAACCUGCAGAUGUGGACUCGGCAGCAGCGGCGCUCGCUGUGAGGAAGUGUGUCUCUCAGGCUGGUAUGGAGCUAACUGCGAACAGGAGUGUGUGUGUCAGAAUAACGGCACAUGUGACCGAAUUACAGGCUCCUGCUCCUGUGCACACGGAUACUACGGCCCUGCCUGCCAACACCAAUGCCCUGCUGGAUUUUAUGGCGAGUUCUGCUCACAUCACUGUAACUGCACACACACUCAGACAUGCCAUCACGUGACAGGAGAGUGUGUGUGUCCUCCAGGUUUCACCGGCGAGCGCUGUGACAAACGUUGUGCAGUAGGCAGGUUUGGUGUGGCUUGUGUACACCAGUGUAAGUGUGUUGAUGGUGUCUCUUGUGAUCCAGUCACAGGCCAGUGCCUUUGUCCCCCAGGAAGGACAGGGGAGUACUGUGAUAAAGAGUGUGUGAGUGGGUCGUUUGGUCCUCAGUGUUCUCUACAGUGUCACUGUGCUCAUGGAGGGCAGUGUGACCAGCGAAACGGACGCUGUGUGUGUUCAUUCCCCUGGACUGGCCCAACUUGUCAAGAUGAGUUUAGCUUGGCUGCCUCUCUCCCACCAAAGAGACGGAGAGGCCUGUAACACAGCGCUCUUCUACGGCUGCUGGAAACACACACACACCCGCCCACACACACACACACACACACACACACACACACACACACACACACACACACACAAAAGAGCUAUUUAUAUGUGACAAGUUCUUUUAAAAAUUUUUGUGUUUAACCACACACGCACAUGCACACACACACGCGUGUGCGCAUACACACGCUUAGUGCACAUUAAUGGACACUGUAUAUGUAUAUAUGUGUGUGUGUGUGUGUGUGUUUCUUCUGUGGUGUAUGACUCUGCAACCACUCAGUUAAUCAGUUGCGCGUAUGAAUUUUGUGAAAUCAUGUGUGAUCUUUAGCCGCUCACUAAGUUCUGACCAGGAAAAUAAUCUAUGCGCGUUUUAUAUGAGCACACGUGUGUGAGAGUGUGUGUGCAUACAUUUUGAGUGAUCCUAUUCUUUUUAACUCGUAGGAAUCAAAACAUGCAUCAGCCCUCAAAGCCACAAGAACCAUGCAGUUUUAGAUUUUACAAGCCACACAAAUGCCUUUCAUUUCACGACAUUGAAACACGAUAUGGGGAAGCCAUCGGCUAAUGGUUAGAGAAGCAGCUUUGGGAGCAAAAGGUUGCCGGUUUGAUUCCCUGGACCAGCAGAAAUGGCUGAAGUGCCCUUGAGCAAAGCACCUAACCCCUACCUGCUCCCCAGGCUGCUUUGGGUAUGCUGUACCUCACUCUGGAUAAGAGCGUCUGCUAAAUGCCAUUGAUGUAAUGUAAUAUAGCGCAAAAAGAUUCAUCUGAAUUGAUCAAAGUGUAAUACACAUGCAAAACACUCACACUGUCACAAAAAAAAGGUUUCUCUUCUCUGAGGUACAAACUACAUUCAUACCUGUUCAAAGGGACACCGGUGGUUCUGUCACAGUGCUCCUUGAACUAAAAGCACAGAAGACUUACGCUUGAGAGAACUUUUCUAGCUUAAUAUACAGAAUGUGGAACCAAAGGUUCGAAAUUAAGGAGGAUUUUGUUGGGUCAAGCUCAAGCCUGAGUGCACUUUUCAGAAAUUAAUUUCACCCAUGUUUAAUUAGUUAUCAGAAUUAACGCACACGUGGCCCGGUAUACUUCUCAAACAAUAAAGCAAACGAAGUGCUAAUGGACUUUUCCGAUAAACAAGUAAAAACAAUUCUUGGUGAUGGAAAAGCGAUCAUUGUUUUUGUUAUCAUGUACAGCAUUGUAGAAAAUGUGUGUGUGUCUGUGUGAUUGAAGAUAAAUGAACAGUAUUAUAUAUCAGAAACGUGUAUUUUUGUUUCAAAUGAUGAUUGUGUCUGAGUCCAGUUGAGCAGCAGUGAAUGGGUUUCAGGCUCUUUAUGUAUUUCCUGUGAUGUGAUUCCUGUGACAAGUGCGACUGAUAUCCAGUUACUCGGCACGUUGUCUGAGUGACGUUGUGUAAAUUGUUAAAAGUGAGCUGUCCGGUUCAGUCUGAUUGCUGUAAACGAAGCCUCUGAAGAUCAGUGAUCCACCGACGCUUACACGCCAAACAUCUCUAAUCCGUAGCCUACAAAUGGCCUGUCCUCGUACCGUACUUUCAACAACACCGUGUAAAAAACGAGCCGCAAAAGACGGACGUACUUUGUCUCCUGUAAUACUUGUGUUUACUUUUAUUUAUCAUGAAAUACAAAUACUGUCUCAUUGAUCAAACCUCUCAGUGAAUGAAAUGGUGCUACAGUGAAGAAUUGU